CAGAAAGUGAAGGUGGUUAUUCAGCCCUUUAGCGGAGUCGCCCGCAAAGCGAUGUGCGAUUCGGGACAGUGACAACUUCCGAAUGGGUCGCUACGACAUAUCCUUGGCAGCAUGACGACAUCAUCGCCGUUGAAUAACCACGUGCAAAAACGAUUUAUCGAGACGUAGAAAGUAGUUAGAGUAGUUCAAUUAGCUGAUAUCUGGAGUUUAAUUCAGUUAUCAAACUCCACUGGUGGAAUCGUACUGUGCUCUAAAAAAUUUUGUGAAUGGAUGGGUGAAACUGAAACUCAAAGAUGAUGAAAGUGUUUCGUCGAGUUUUGCCGAUAUGCGCUGUCUUUGCCGCGGCAAUGACUGCAUCUGUGGUUUUAUCAGUGGCAACAUCGCCCCACGAGGCUUUGUCCGAGCCUGAAUUCGCAGAACCAAUUCCUAAUGUUACGGUUUCUGCGGGUCGAGACGUCAGUCUGCCAUGCGUUGUGGACAAUUUGGGUACUUUUAGGGUAGCAUGGAUCCAUACGGAUCGGUACACAUUACUGACACUACAGAACCGUGUUAUAACCCGGAAUUCCAGGUACAAAGUAACCCAUAACAGCCACAGGACAUGGUGGCUGCACAUUGCAGAUGUCCAGGAAAGAGACAGAGGUGAAUACAUGUGCCAGAUCAACACAUCACCAAUGAAGAGUCAGACUGGAUAUAUCGAAGUAGUAGUUCCUCCUCACAUCGAAGAAGAAGAGACCAGCUCUGACACAGAAGUCAGGGAAGGUAGUGACGUGAGCCUCCGCUGUGUCGCCAAGGGUUCGCCAGAUCCGGAAACCACUUGGCGAAGAGAAGACGGUCAGGAGAUAACGAUUGGGCGGAAAAAAGUCACAUCAAUAAAAAGCACUGAUCUGAAUAUCACAAAAGUUGGACGGCUGCAGAUGGGAGCAUAUCUGUGUAUAGCAUCCAAUGGAGUACAGCCAUCCGUUAGUAAAAGAAUUGUGCUGAAUGUGAAUUUUCCUCCCAUGAUUUGGAUUCCUAGUCAACUUGUAGGUGCGCCUGUCGGCACUGAUGUAACUUUGGCAUGCAAUUUAGAAUCAUUCCCGCAAUCAGUUACCUACUGGAACAGGGAAAGCGGCACGAUGGUGUUGACUAAUGAUAAGUAUAACAGCGUUCUUCUCAAUAAGGGCCUCUACAAAGUAACAAUGCAGUUAACAGUGAGAAAUUUGAAGCCAGAAGAUUUCGGUGCUUACACCUGUGUGGCGAAAAAUUCACUAGGAGAAACUGAAGGCACAAUACGUCUGUAUGAAAUACCUCCACCAUCAUCACCAGCAACAUCGCAAGGCCCAGAGCCACUGAGACCGAAAUCUGAAAAACUUCGUAAUGGUCAUCCUCAAAGUGUGCAGCCUAGAACAGAAGAAACAGGCUCUACUGAAGUUCAGUACGGACCUUCUCCAAGCUUCAAUGCCAGCAGCCUCUCGAGCGAGAAUUAUCUUCCUCCAACAAAUUCGAACACGGAACCAGGUGCUGACACAAUAUCUUCAGCAAAUGGAAGAUUCACAUCUGCAUAUUUCUGCUAUGCAUUAUUCUUCGUCUUGUGCCAAUGGUUCUCCUUUCUUGGACUCUCAUGAUCAACUCAGAGGAAUGCUGUGUCCGAGAAAGGAUUAUGUGUGUUGAAAUUGACACAACUGACGCUGUAAAAGUGUAUCCGUGUACUUAAUCAUACGCCAAACUUCGGACUCUCAUUCUGCUUCAUCUAAUUUCAGAUAAUCAGUGCAGAAAUGAUUGAAAAAUUUUAAGAAAAAAAAAUGAAUGUCCAUGUGAAUGUGUAAUGAUUCAUUUAACAUCCAUCGAAAGCUUUGCGAUGGAGUUCAAUGAUGAACUUCAGCAUUAUUAUCCCAAAAAUUCAAUUUGUAGCAAAUGGAUUAUAUUAGCGAUCUUCUAAACAUAUCUCUGGAGGACUUGAGUUCGUCACGAUGAUAUUGUUUUUUUUUUAAUUAAUGGAGCUUUAUCCCUUGCUUGGAAUAAUUUAAAUUAUGUUUUUAUUGCGGUUUGCUCAGAGGUAAAAAGAGUUUAUUAAAGUUAAUUAUUAGGAUCGAGAUUAAUAUUAAAAUUAGUUUCUGAGACAUUAUUCGUUAAUCUAAUUUUAAUAACGAUUAUAUUCUAAGUUGUUCAAUUUUUAAUAAGGUAAAAAAAUGCUUUAAAUAUUUGAUUUUGAUAUUAUUAUUCAUGAAUUAUUCAGAAAACAUUUAUUGUUUUUUAGAAAUCCGAUUCUGCAAUUAUUUUCAAAUAAUUGUUUAAUAAUGCUUUUAAAAUAAAAAGGAUGCGAAAUUUAUUUUUUGAUUAGACUAAAACCAAU